UGUGCGACGGCGCUCGCCAGGACCUGGAAACGGUGGCGGUGCCCGGAUGAGCGGGUUCCUGAACCGGUGAGAUGCCGAAGGUGAAGCGGAGCCGCAAACCUCCCCCUGACGGCUGGGAGCUGAUCGAGCCCACCCUCGAUGAGCUGGACCAGAAAAUGAGGGAGGCUGAGACAGAGCCGCAUGAAGGGAAGAGGAAGGUAGAAUCACUGUGGCCCAUCUUCAGACUCCAUCACCAGCGAACACGUUACAUAUUUGACCUCUUCUACAAGAGGAAGGCGAUUAGCAGAGAGCUUUAUGAUUAUUGCAUAAGGGAGGGGUAUGCUGACAAGAAUCUGAUUGCCAAGUGGAAGAAGCAAGGCUAUGAAAACCUGUGUUGUCUUCGUUGUAUUCAAACCCGAGACACCAACUUUGGAACUAACUGCAUCUGCAGAGUUCCCAAAAGCAAGCUUGAAGUGGGAAGGAUUAUUGAGUGCACACACUGUGGAUGCAGAGGUUGCUCUGGUUAACUUUUCUUUCUUGGAUGAAGUGGAUUUUCGUCCAUGUACAAUCAAUCUUAUUUCUGAUUUAGAAUAUAUGGACCAUAGUAAGAUAUUCUGUAAAUGCUGUAGCUUGCUUCUAACUAACUUUCUUUUUGAAUGGAAUGGAAUAAAACUUUUUUAAAAACUGAAGUUUGUGAACACUGUAGACUGCGUAAACCAACAUGAACCCAACAUUGCAUACAGACUGGUUGGACAGCAAGCUCCCCAGUCUGAAGCACCAUCUUAUGAAGGUAGGGCAGCUUGAUGUGAAUGUAAUGCAACAAUUGUACUUGUGCAUAAUUUAAGUUUGGAAGCAAAACUGUUUUUUGCCCUGCAGACGACUUUUUAGUAAGUGAUUGGAGUCACCUUGACCUAUUUAGUUAUGUCAUAGCAGUAACAUUUACUUUAGACUACCCAACUAUACAAUUGUCUUUGAUGGUCCUCUAGAUUAUAAGUAAUCCUUUUUAAAGCUGCUUAUUGAACUGUACUGAAGCUUGUUACAAAAUAAAGAUUUUCUUUUUGUUCACUUA